GCCUUGUCGUUCGAUUCAACUUUCCACACACUCCUCCCAUCUCCAAUCUCUGUGCGACUUAGGACCAACAACAAUGCUGCGGACGGUUCUGCGACAAUGAAGGACCUGGUGAUUAAAGUUACGCAACGAAAACGCGCGCUGAGCGCUGCAUCUCCGCCAAGUUGAGAGCCGGUGAGGAUCGGCACCGCGCACGAGCAUCGUCAUCAUGCCCAUGGAGAGUUUUCGGCGAGGCAAGUCGACCCCGGAGCGUGCGAGGAACGGGUUUGCGCUUUCUCCGGCAGAUAAAGCGAUUUCGAAAAAAAGACCGAGUCUAGGGAAGGCAGCUGGUCGCUUCCAGAGCAGGUUGCUUGCGUCGCUGAGGGUUGGGAGACGAAGUGCAGGCGAGCAGCUUGCCCCGAGUUUGUCAAGUCCCUUUCUGGAAGCGCUGUUCCGCCUGCCAAAUGAGCUUCACAUUCAUAUCCUCCGUGAGCUGUGUGUGGCUGAUGUGCUCGCUCUAAGAAGGACAUGCCGCAGCUUGAACGAACUCAUCACAAACAAUGCGCCUGCACUUGUGCGUUACUGGGUGCAGCAUCGCAUGGGUAAUCUCCAUCUGCGCCUGUAUCCCGCUCCAAGGCCUAAUGCAGCGGACUUUCCCUUCCUCCUUGCCAUGAGGCGGCGACACAUCGCCUCUAUCAGGUUAACCCGGCAGCUAGCCGACAUCCUGGUGGGUGAUGCACUGGAUCAGACGUGCCCGCGGCAGAGACAGCUGUGGACAUCUGCGUACGAGAGAAUGAUGCCGUUGGUUUUCGGGGUUGGAUAUUUCCUAGAUGAGCAUCGACGGUUGCUCCUGGACCGAGACCUUGGACGGAUACGGCCGCGUUCGCACAUUGGGUACCUCAUUUGUACCACGGCUGGUAUCACGAACCAGGAGAGAAAGAUUAUGAAAAAACUGGAUCCUCCACUACGGUUACAGUACUUUUACAUGUACUGCUUCAUCGUGCAAAUACUAAGACGGAAGCUGCGGCCUUCAAGUCACACGGGGACAGUGGAAAAGCUGCUGCGAGGGUGGUCUAGUCAGCCUCCUUGCGCAGAAGACAUUGCGUUCUUCCUGAUUCUUGGAGGCAUUGGCCAGAUUGCCAAGCUGCUCGCGUGCCCAACUUACGCGGAGCGUCGAAGAUACCUCCAUGCGUAUAGAACACACCUUUCGCCACAUACUAGCAGAUGCUGGAGACGACACUGGAGGGAUAUUGGUGUCGUCUCGCCUGCGUUGUUGGACGACAUUCCGUGCGCACGUAUUGGUGUCACGCAGCUCGACCAGAUCUGGGAGCCGCUGAUAGCGCAGAUGAUGGGGCCUCGAAGAAGGGAGUUCACCGAGCAGGAGCGGCUCCGCUAUGAGGAGCUCAAGAUUUCGAACAAGUUUAUCAACGAAGUCAUGGGUUAUGAUAUUCUGCGCGGCCGAACCGCCGAUGCUAGCGACGCUGACGACGACGCGGAGGAGGAUGAGCGUAUGCAGGUCAGAACUACACCAAUGUAAUGAUAAUCGGCUACUCUGUGACAGGCAGCCUUCACAACGGAUACUAAUCACAUGCGUUAUUGUGAGCCUGUUGACUGAUCAAGAUUUUUCAUGUUAUGGGUCGUUGAGACGGGUAACGACUAGUUUGGAUUUAGUUUCUCUUUUCGAGGCAUUGAACUCUUCCAUAUUACGUACUGGCUCGGUCGCGUAGCGCGCUACCUUUGUUAGUACACAGAUCGUGGAAGCCGACGGGAACUACUGGUCCUGUAUCCACAUGCAUACGACCAGUUUCCGUUCGUAUUUAGCAGAAUCGUUAUAUUAGCGGAGC